UUUAUAAAUAGUAUCACAGUAGCACUGAGCCAGCUAUACGGUGAGUGGUGUUUUAGAACAUGAGUUUAGUUACAUAAUCAUGACUCUGCUUCAUGACACACACACACACUGUAAUAUACCAGCAACACGUGGAAAGUUCAGGAAGUGUCAGGAACUCUGAGUGGGAGGGUAUAUAAGCUUUGAGCUCUGACUGCUGAGACAGAAUCACAAAGCAGAUUGGAAGCUACAAAGACUGCUAUCCUACAGCAACAAAAACAAGACUCAGGACUACUAUUGAAGAUGCUGUGCUCUCCUGUAUUCCAGCGUUCCCUCGGCAUACCUUUUGCUUUCAAUAUGCCAGUGCGCUCGCUGUGGCCAGAAAACCGGCCCAUCUUCAUUCAGAUGGAAAAUGAAAGGCUGAGACAAAUGGAGGAACUGAGGAGAAGAGUGGAGUUUAUUGAUCAGGUCCAUCAACUGCUGUUGAAAGAGGUGAUGAACACAGAUAGUGCCACCGAGUUAUCAGACUCCAAAUCACCCUCCUACAAGCUGGAGAAAGAUGGAAACUGUUUUUGUCUGAUGCUGGAUACCAAAGACUUUUUACCUGAAGAGCUGACUGUGAAACAGGUGGGAAGGAAACUGCUGGUGAGUGGAAAGCAUGAAAAGAAAGAUGAAGCCAGAAAUGGCUCCUACUCUUACAAAUACCAGGAGUUUAGCCAGGAAUUAGAGCUGCCAGAAGAUGUCCAGCCUGAUGCAGUGACCUGCUCCUUCUCCAAUGGGCAGCUACAGAUUGAAGUUCCGAGUCUGGCACUGCCUGCUGUGACUGAGAGAACUGUUCCCAUCAGCACCAGCCCUGCAAUGAAGACCCAGCAAGAGAGGAGCGCAGAGGAACAGGAAUAGGCUGCAGCGCUGACAAAGAGGACCAGGAACAACAAGCAGUAGCUUGAAAGGACUAUUACCUGUUAAUGGUGUACAUUUAUAAUGACCUUUAACUGAAAUGAUUGUGUACUAUUUAAGUCAUUACUGCAACACCGGGAGCACUAAAUACAUGAUGUAAGAGUAUGUGUAUUUGUCAUUGUUUUUGUCAACAUAAUUUCGUAAUUUAAUGUAAUGCAAACAAAUAUAUUUGGCAUAAUCUUUUCUCUUUUGAAUAAAUAUUUUUUCACUUUUCAGAAA